CAUUGCAUUGCAUUGAAUUCGAUCGAAAGACCCGCACCCGGUUCGUUGCACCCCGCUUCGCUUCGCUGCGCCCAUAACUGCCCAUAACAAUAUCUGCACUGCCACAAUGCCCCGCUCCGACUCCCUGGCAAAAGCCUCCUCGUCGUCGUCGUCCAAGACGAAGAAGAAGAGCAAGCGGUCCUCGGUAAAGCGCGGCCCCGGCCUCUCCUCGAUGUCGGGGGGCGCCUCGGUGUCCACCCGCAACACGCGGUCCAGCCACGCCUCGGACGGGGACGAGGACGCCGACCUGUACGAGCUGGAGCAGCGGCUCACGGAGGAGGUCGACGAGGAGUUCUUCCAGGACCCCCGCAGGUUCCACACGCUGCACCGGGUCAUCGACGUCCUGGGCAUGCAGCUCACCCUCAACGACAACGACUCGGCCUUUGGAAGCACCGGGAACAGCAAGUCCAGCAGGAAGAACAAGGGCCCCCGCCGGUCCAGCGUCCACAGCGGCAAGAAGGAGGUGAUGCGGAUCGACAAGAACCCGGCCUACCGGGCCCUGGCCUCCCAGAGGGACGUGGUGGAGGAGGCCAUCGAGCACCUGGCGCUCAUCCACUGCGCGGACCUCAACGGAUCCGUCGUGCAGGUCGGACGGGUGGCCCGCCAGUUCCACGACGCCGUCUCGCAGGUACAGUCCCUCCGCAAGCAGGUCAAGGACAUCCAGGAGACGCUGGGGACGGGCGGCAGCGGCCAGCGGGAGCUCCCGGGCCAGGAGGGCAACGCGGCCGGAAGCAAUCCMRGCCAGGCCCCCAACCCCAAGAAGGACCUCGAGGCGGCACGGGCCGCACAGUCCUCCGCCAUGUCCCUCCGCGAGCUCUGGCUCAAGAAGCUCGAGGCGGAGGCCGUCCUGGCCCUCCUGGACAAGCUCGACACGAUCCGGGCGGCACCGAUGCGCUUCGACGACCUCCUCAAGCAGCACCGGAUCGGGGCGGCCGUGGUCACCGUCUCGAACGGACUGGACACGAUGUUCAUGUCGGACGUCAACCAGGUCCAGGCCCUGCACAAGAUCAUGGAGCAGCUCAUGAUCCGCAAGCAAAAGGCCGAGGAGGUCGUCUGGGAGCUCCUCUCGGAYGUUCUCUUUCUGAGGACGGGCAACGGGAUGGCCCAGCUGGUGGCCCUGGGCGCGGGGGCCGGGGAGCUCCUCUGGAACGGCGGGCAGGCCGACAAGGGACGCCGCCGGGCAACGGCCGGUGCCUCCCUCUCGGGGGAGUCCAACAGCCUCAAGCAGGACCAAGCGGACGGGAGCACCGGCGGCGGGGCCGGGUCCGCCGGAGGCGAAGGUGCCCACAAGGCCGGAGACCACGGGGCCGCCGAUUCCAUGGCCAUCGACAGCAACAACUCCAUCGUGGCCACCUCGGAGGCCUCGGCCGGGGGCUCCACGGCCCGGCAGCUCUCGGGAAGCGGGACCGGGGGGAACCCCUCCACGAACCCGCUGGCGGCCGCMUCSUACCUCUGGAACCUCCCGCCCUCCGGCUGGGACUACGUCCGCCGCCAGCAGGCGGGAAUGGUCAACCCCUUUCUGACCACCAAGAUGAGGUUCGCCCUCGAUCCGGACGACCUGCAGCUGGAGUCCAUCCUCCGGAACAUCGAGGCCGAGCAGCGGGAGAAGGACCGGGGGAAGAUCACCGAGGGCGUCGACGAGGAUUUCUACGACGACGAGGAAGACGAGCAGAACCCCCUCUACGGACAGGGCGGCCACUCCGGGAGCGGAACGGACCGAGACGAGGCCAAGCUCCCCGACGACCCCAGCGGGGGCGAUCCGUCGGCGACCUCGUCGUCCCAGCGGCCGAGGGCGGUCAUCCCGGCCUCCAUGAUGGACGCCGAGUUCGACCUGGAGGCCGACGAGCGCCGCUCCCUCGAGGAGCAGCAGUACGACGGCCAGGGCCGCCGCCGGAGGCAGGCCCUCCACAUGACCAAGCCGGUCUACCUGGACCACGUCCUGGCCCUCCGGACGCUCGUCGAGUGCCUGGCGAGGCUCCGCCGCCUCGACGACGUCGAGCGGAUCGUCACGGAGGCCCUCGAGCGGGAGCUCUCCCAGCUGGUCCAGAGGGAGCAGGCCCGGACCUUUCUGUGGGUCGAAAAGUCGGCCACCGACCGCCGGGGGGCCGGGGGACGGUACGCGGCCCUCCUCAACAAGGCCGGGUCCGGGAUCGACCUCCGGGACUUUCGCCUCCACCUCAACCACAUUCUCAGCGCCUUUGGAAACGUCCAGGUCCGGCUCGUCCACCUGACCCAGAUCAUUCGGCACCGGAUGGUGAGUAGCGCUCGCUUGUGUGUGAUGUGACGUGACGUGACGUGACGUGACGUGAUGCGAUGCGAUGUGAUGUAAUGUGACGUGAUGUGAAUGGAGUUCGUUGUGGUGUCUCUUGUCCGAUCGGGGUGCUUGGUUCUGUACUGUAUUGCGUGUGGCUUGCAUGCGCUGCGGCAUUUCGUUCCCAUUCUCACACGCUGGCUUCCUUCACCGUGUGUGUGUUGUGUUCGAUUCCAAUCGCGACACAGAACAACGAAAAGCCCGACGCUUCCGGUUAUUCCGCAAACGGCUCCGUUGCCCUUCGAAAUCUCUUGGUCAAUGCCAGGUCGAUCAUGGAACGGGAGCUCAAGGCGUUUUUGAACGCCUGUCUCAUGAAAAUAAGAGACACGGAAGACCACGCUUCGUCGACCGCCAACGGCCAAGCCCGUCCGGGCGCGACGAAAAACGCYUCCAACAAGCGAAGAGGGCGGGAAUCCUCUGGCCUCUUUUCCCUCGGAAUCAUCGACAAGGGUGGCCCCGACAACGAUGGAUUCGGCGACGGGGCAAACMAACUGAUGGCCUCUACCUCGAGCAGCCGCCGGUCCAGCAUCCAGAACUACACCACCGCUAGAUUUGCGGUGGAUGUCCUGUUUGCCAAGACCACCCAGAACGGCCAGCCCCAGAUCCGCCACGCACUCUUUUUCCGAAAGGCACUGGCCAAGUGGCAGCGCAACAACGACCAGCURCGCUACCAGCUAGCGGUGGCCACCGGAGAGGACACCAGCACCAACACCUACCUCUUUCAGCGGGAGCAACCGGCGCUCGAAUACCUGGACAACGUCAUCCAGAAGCAGCUCCUCCCCGUCCUGCAAAAGGAGGCGGUGGACGGAACGGUCCACGCGCUCGAGCGAMGGGACGCCUUUGAUCCGGUGUUGGACCGCAACGUGUACGCCCGCGCCGAUUCGAACGAGCCGCAGGACGUGGACAUGUGCAAGGCCUGCACGGCCCUCUUCAACUUUACGGGCCCCCUCUUCCUGGCCCUCCACCGGCUGCCAAAGGGCGGGGACAUGUAUCUGCCUCUGGUGGCCGUUCUGGAACACGUCAUUCUGACCUUUAUUUCCCGCGUCAAGCAACAGGUCUCGCGGAUUUGCAACGACAAGACGGCCCURCAGCUUCUGAUGGAUUCGACGGGGUCCUCGGUGUCGGCCACCGGAUCCGAUGGCAGGCAGAUCAAGUCCCGUUCCCAGUCCUUCGGUCAGGUCAUGGAACGCCGCAAGUCUUUUGCCCAGCUGGUGCUGGCCUACGCCGACGGCGACCUGCUCGAUGCGGUGAACGACGAAAACACCGGAGAGUUGGCCGGUGUCCCCAGCCUUCCCGCACCCACAGGGGAUACCCCCCGCGGAACCAACCUGAGCAACAAGAUCGUUGGCAUGGAAGACCUGGACUUUGAGGGCGGCGUGGAACGCGAGGAGCUCAACCUGAGCGUGGAGCUGAACUUUGUCCGACCCUACCUCGAGUUUGCGGGAAUGGAACACGCGCAGAUCAAGGUCUGUCCGGAYGAGGACCUGAUGAAGGCGGCCUGCCUGGCCCACAGCCUCCUCAAGCUCGCUUCGCUCCUGGACAGCCGGCUCAAGGUGAGGAGCCGACUGGGAAUCGCCUCCACGAAAACCCUGACCAACACACGGGCCCUUCGAGAGGCCAUCAAAACCAUCAAGGCCAACGGACUGAAAAUGGCCAAGUUCUGCCGGGCCGACAUUUUGUUGCAGGGGAUCACCCGCCUCUGCAAGGUGUGCAACUCCUCCACCAUCGUGGCGAGAGACGCGGUUCGCAUCCCCUCGUCGAUCAACGACCUCGGCGAAUACAUGACGGCGGCYUCCGACAAUCUGCGGGAGGCGGCCGGAAACGCCGUGACGGCCUACGCCUUUUCGACGCUGGAACAGUACAUUCCGCUGUGCAUCAUCCAGACCGUCCGUGUCCUGGCCGCCGGAAAGGGAGUGGUCGCGAAGGCCCCCCUUACGAUGAACGGAAUYGAGGCCCUGGAUCGAUCCGGCUCGGUCCUGUACCGAGAUCUGAAGGGAGCCACGUCCUUCGACAACUCCUUCUGGGACAUCGAACUCGCCGCCGUCUCCUUUGAGCGGUCGGCGAGUUUCAUUGCCAUGAUGGAACUGGAAAUGGCGGAGCUGGAAGCCUACUACCAAGAAAACCGCGACGACUUCACGGAGGAAGAUUUCAAGCUCAUGUUUUCGAUGAACGGUCCGAGACGACGAGGGGACAUUAUUCGCUACAACAUGCUGGUCAAGAAAAUGGGCAGGAAGUAGGGCGAGUUGAACGACAUAGAAUCGACGAAUGGCCGCGCCCCUGCUGGAUUAGAAGCAUGGAAAAUAUCCCGUGGACCUGUAUUAAUGAAACCUAAUGUACAAU